UACGACAAGUCACAUAUAAUCGAUACCUUGGAGUAGGACUAGUAGGAGCCCAGUUUAGUUGUCAUCUACGUUCCGUUGUGUUGUUUUUCUUGCGUCAAGUGCGUCAUGAGAGUGCGUACGCGUGUAACAUCGUAACGUAAAAAAAAUUAAUCUCGUCUUUGCUCCUUUAUUGUGUUUUCGUCGAAUAAGAUGCACUUUGAAAAUGUUGCAAGAGGAAGCUCUGUACAAGAGCACAUCUCCUCGGAAAGGCGAUGAAAUUCAAAAACUCAAUUUUAUACAAACAUUACCAAACCUGUUAGCUACAGAAACAGAAUCAUGUAUAAUACGUGUAAUACCAAAACUGCAGCAGUCAUUAGCUACUGCAUCCACGGAAUUUCACAUUGCAGCUUCAAAUACAGUCAAAACAAUUUUAGAACAGAAACUUGUCAAUCAUACUGUUUUUAGUCGAACAUUCCUUCAAAGUAUCUUAGAUUCACUUGAAAAACGUGAUCCAGUUAUCUGUCAUGCAUGGCUGGAGACCUUACUGGAUGUGAUAGAGUUACUGCCGAUAGAAAUCAUAAGAAAGCAGAUACUUCCAUUGACUCUAAACAAAGGGCAAUUAUCACAGCCUAUCUACUCAAGGAUAAUAUGCAGCAAGAUAUUAGGAAAGAUUUGUACAAGAUUUGAAUCUGGUCUGAUACAGAAGGAAGUUCUACCAAUGGUACAUUCCCUCUGUCAGGAUGUAAAUAGUGAAGUACGAGCUAAUAUCUGCUUGCAGCUACGUUUCGUUGCUGAAGGCCUUAGCGCUGACACUCUAAAAACCUCUUUGCUACCAUCUCUCGUAGAAUUAGCAAGUGAUGAAGAAAGCAAUGUAAGAUGCGCCGCUGUAGAAACAAUAGCGUAUUUGCUACCUUAUUUUCAAGAAGAAACGAUAAAAACUAUCAUAGUGCCACUUGUUAAAAAAUUAUGUGAAACUUCACAGUCUAUAUAUCACGACAAUAACGUGAUAUGUAUAAUUGCCCAAGAAUAUGGAAAAAUUGUACUUGGCCUAGAAAAAUGCUUAUUACCCGCGGAAAAAACAUGGUUUUUAAAAUAUUAUCAACAACUUGCACAAAUGGGUAUUCUUAUAAUGAGGAAAGAAUCCAAGCAUCAUAUUCCAUUUAUGGAUAUUGAUCUUGAAGAAGACGAGAAAUACGUGGAAUGCAGAAGAUGUUGCGCAUUUAAUCUUCCAGCAAUGUUCAUUUUUGUAUCAAGUUCUCCAGAUGAUACAGAUUCAUUGCUUCUUACAUUCACUGCAUUGGCAAGCGAUCAUUAUUAUUUGGUUCGGAGAACUGUAGCGUGUGGAGUUCAUGAAGUAGCCAAAGUAUUGGGUCCAAAAAGUGGACGGAUAAAAACAGAUCUAAUAAAAUUAUUAAAAGAUAAUUCUGAAGAAGUUUUACAAGGUAUAGUUCCUCAUAUAGCAAUAAUUCUUGAAUGUUUGGUUGAAAGUCACGUUAUCGGCAUAGAUAAAAUGGAUUCCAUUGUUAUGGAAAUAGGUAGAGCCUUAUUGAAAUGUGAAUCGGAAAUGGCAGGUACACAUAAUUGGAGAUUAGUAUCUUUAAUACAUUCACAGUUUGAAGUAUUGCCUAAAUAUUUUCCAAGUGAUUUUAUAUAUUCAUAUUUUGUGCCAAUGGCUUUUUUCAGAAUAUUACAUGCUAGGCCAAUACCUAUUCGUCUCUCAUCGGGAAAUCUAUAUCUUAUAUUUUUACGUUAUAACACAAAACCUGCGCAAAGAGUAGAACUUCGUACUAAAUUAUGUACAGAAUUGGCCAAUAAUACGAAUUCUUACUCGAGAAUGAUGUUUGUUCGUAUAAUGGUAAAAGCUUUAGAAAUUUUCUCCACUGCUUACUUCAAGGAGCAUUUUUAUACUACUUUAUUAAGUUUGGCUGAAGAUAAUAUAGCUAACAUAAGAAUGAAAGUAGUUAAUUUGAUGCCUCAAUUAAAAAGUAUCCUCCAAAUACCAGCUGAUAAAAAAUUGUUAACUAUAUUAGAAACGACGGUGACGCAUUUAAUAAAUAGCGAAAAAGAUAGAGAUGUAUUAAAUUCGUUAACAAUUGUUAUAAAAAAAUUGGACGAGAUAAUACUUAAAUAUGAAAGCCGAACUCCAAGUGGAGUACUUUCAAAACAAGAAAUUGAAGAUAAUAGAAAAUUUGAAGAAGAAAAGAAAAUAUCAGGAAUAGCAAUUGGAAAAGCUCCAGCUCCGAAAAAAGGCGUAUGGCGACAAGCUGAUUCCUCGAAAGCGCCGCAAACAACCUCCAAAGAUAGCAUAACCUCUCCUCGUCCAUCCACUGAAUCAUUAAAAACAAGAAUUCAACUAACACAUCCUUGGGAAAGAAUAGGGUAUACCAACUCAAAUAUUAAUACAGCCCAUACUAACUUUGACAAUGGAUCGUGCAGUGAUUAUCUAAUGCAAAAGACUCAGCAAAACCGAUCGAAAUUAUCAUUGCCCUUCAUAUUGUGGCCGGAAACAUGUGAAUGCAAUUAUGGGGAAGAAUAUACUUUUCAUUCUUGUCCCUCAUCCGAUUAUGCAAAAUCUGUUUUUUUGGCGAUCAUGAGAGAAAAUCGGCGAAGAUCGCAGCAAAAUUUUCUAUUAACUCGAGAUUAUGCUCGCGAAUUUUCCACUAACAUUGCCAGCAAGGACACUGCCACUGUAAGAACGCUUGCAGCUCACUAUAACUCUUGUUGGCCUUGUAGCUCUAUGCCCGAGAUACCGGUAAUGCUGUCGGAUGACGAAUUCCUUGUGGAUGCUGGUAUCAGGAUUCCGGUGCAAUUCUCUCAGAGUACUUCCAAGAUACCACAUUUACAAGAUUCCAUAUUUGGUAAGAGAAGAACCUCGUUCAAUCAUUUUCGGCCUACUGGCAUGAAUUUCGAUAAAGGAAAGCCUAAGAGGAAUUCUUCCGUUGAAUAUGAAGACUGUAUAAAAAGAAGAACGACUAUUGAUCAAUCUAACCAUGCCAGAACUUCUAUCGAUUGCGAGGAUGGAUUAAGAUUGGUGAAGGAAAAUCAACAGCUUGGUAAGAAAGAUCCGGUAUAUGUUGGUCCAUUGAUAAGAUCGAGAUUUGGAUUCGGUAUAAAUCAAGAUAGGACGAUGGACGACAAAAUGAAAAGACGAAAUUCGUUAAUAUUAGAUAAAGAAAAACCGAAGGUUGUACAAUCAAAGUGCACGUUAGACAGGACUAAAAGGAAUUCUGUAAAUUUCGAGAAAGGAAAGCCUAAGAGAAAUUUUUCGGCCGAGUAUGAGGACGGUAUAAAACGAAGAACCAAUGGUACUAAUCACGUGAAAGGUAUACGAUUACGAUCGAUCGAUUAUGAAGAUGGUUUGAGUUUAGUGAAGGAGAAUCAACAACAAGAUAAAAAGGAUCACUUAUAUCUUGGGCCUGUGAUGAGAUCGAGGUUUGGAUAUAGCGUGAAUCAAGAAAGGGCAAUGGACGAUAAAAUGAAACGACGAAACUCAUUGAUAUUGGAUAAAGAUAAGCCUAAAAUCGUCCAAUCAAAGUGUAUGCUGGACAGAACUAAACGACAUUCUGCAAAUUUUAGUUUAAAAAUGUUAGAUACGAAAGAGACUAAAACUACUUUGAAGGAUCAGCAUAGCUUAGAAGUGACCGACUAUACACCGUCGGAACGACUAAGCAGAGCUUUAAGACGAUAUUCGACAUUAGAUGUGAAUCAUAAUCAGGGACAUAGCAAAAUACCCUUAAGAAGUUUUGUACGUCGUAGUAGAACUGCACCUGCCACUAGGGCUUCCAGCCCUGUGGGUUCACAAUUUAGGUAUGAAGAAAUCGAUAAGCUGUGCCGAAAAUUCGAGGAGUAUCAACUCUAUUAGUGUAAUUACAUCAAACGCAUUUACGUAUCAAUAUAAAAGGAGAAAAAAA